UGGUGGCGCUGUCGCGAGCGACUGACAGGCACUGCGAAAGGCAGCCCUCUGGUGUACCGAGAAGAGCAGAGGCCUGGGCUACAAGCUUUUGGAGCAGGGAGCUGAAGGCAGUGCUGAGGGUAGCGGGACGCGGGGGUCUCGAUGGAACAAGGGUCACAGGAUGUCCCUCGAGAAAAGAGGCGUCCCUGUCACCAUGGAGGACCUGCAUCCUGAAGCGAACAUGGAACAGCAAGGUUCGCCCAAGGAGACGAGUCCCAGCGGCUCAGGAGGCAACCUGUGCCACCUAGGGGCCCCGCAGUGCACCCACUGCUUCAUCACCUUCGCCGAUUCCAAGUUCCAGGAGCGUCACAUGAAGCGGGAACACCCAGCGGACUUCGUGGCUCAGAAGCUACAGGGAGCCCUCUUCAUCUGCUUCACCUGCGCCCGAUCCUUCCCCUCCUCCAAGGCCCUGAUCGCCCACCAGCGCAGCCAUGGUCUAGGCACCAGGCCCUCCCUGCCGGAUGCACCGACCAUGGCCCAGGCUCCCUUCCCUUGUCCUGACUGUGGCAAGGCCUUUGGGCAGGUGGCCUCUCUGAAGCGGCACCGCCAGGUACACAAGGCCUGCAGCCCUCCUGGCCCCUUUGCCUGCACUGAGUGUGGUCAGGACUUCGCCCAGGAAGCCGGGCUCCAUCAGCACUACAUUCGGCAUGCUCGGGGAGAGCUCUGAGUGUAACUGAAGUGCCCUCCACAGUGAUGGGGGCUCUGAGGCUGGUGGGACCCACGCAUGACAGGAGGCACAGGCCUUCAGGGGGCCCUACAGGGAUUUACUCUCCUCCCUGGGAAGGCAAAGGGCUCUUGAUAGAUAGAACUCAGAAGGUUCUCAUUUAGAGCUUCAGUCGUUGGAGGACACAGGGUCUUUCGAGAUACAGUGAAAUCAAAUAAUUGUAAGCUCUUUGUUUUAGAAAAUGAGCAAGAAAGAGCAAGAGGAAAACUUUUUGGUUUCCUUUUUCCCAGUUAAAUAACCAGCUACCGAUCAUGUAAUCACCUUCAGUUUACCCUGACAGAUACCAUGGGCCACAAGAGCAAACUGCCCUGGAUCUGUGCCUGAGUAGGGGGCAGGGAGGGCAGGUGCUGCUGGCCUACAAAGCUGCUGCCUAAGUUCCAGACCUGGAGCCACAUGAGCCUCUGGGGAUGGGACAGCAAGGCUGGGUGCUGGACCCCAAGUCACACAGGGGUUGCGAUUCGGGUUCUUGUCUUCCUCCCACUCCCUGCCAGCCUUCUCUACUUAAUGUUUUUUGUUUUUUUUUUUAACUUAAUGUUUUUUUAUCCAUGUAGAGAUGGCAUAAACAAGCUCAUGGAAAUAGUAUCUAAAAACAAAACAUCCAUAUUCAAAUGUCUAAGCAGGGAGCUCUGGCUUUUAGUGGGGAGCGCUAAAUAACAUAAAGAUAUGGGGUGGAGGGAGGGCAGGGCAGAGUUGGCCUAGCCCUAUAGGGAAACUAGUUUGGUAUCAAGCAGAGAUACCUUCUGUUCCAUGUUUUAUUUGGCCAACACUGGAAGAUCUCCCAUUACAAUCCUAUUUUAGCUCUCUCAAAGGCCUGACUCAGGGCUUACAAGGUCAGCACAGCAGAAGCUCCAAACUAGAGGUGAGCCGCAGGUGUCAUCCUGACAGGAGAUGAGACCCACCAGGCCUGCUUUACUCCCUAACACUACCUGCUGUGUUGUACCUAGAGACAAAGGCUGAUGUCCUACAUAAAAUGCUCACAGGCUCUAUUCAGAUUGGAGAAUUUUUUUUUUUUAAGCCCACAGUUGAGAUGAAUAUAGUAGAAACUGACAGCUGCCUCUCAAUUUUGUUAGGCACAUGGUAGUAAGUAAAAGGACUACAUUUCCCAGACUCCUUGCAGCUAGGUAUGACCACUUUACGACUGAUUUCCUGGGUAGAAUCCUCAACCCUGGGAAAGGGACAUGUCUCUCCUUUACCUAACUGGAGUGUAGGUGUGGCACCCAGUCAUCUCGGACCAUGAGGACAAGACCAACAUAUGAGAUGGCAGAGCAACAAGGUAGCAGGAGCCUGGGUCUCUGGUCAGCCUCACACACCACUUCAUACCAGCCCACUUCAGCACCAUUACCCAAGAGAAAUAAACCUCUCUUAUUUAAGCCAC